ACCUUUGUUUAUGUCCCCUUUCUUCGAGGAGAUACGUAGUCGGCAGUUCUGGCGCGCUAUUCUUGCAGAGCUGCUUGGCACCCUGGUCUUAGUGAGCGCUGUGUUGGGUGCCUCUGUGCCAGGCCCCGGAGAGGCCUCCGUGGGACCCCUGUACCCAGCGGUGGCAGUGGGUGUGUCGAUCAUUGCACUGGGACACUGUUUUGGAGAAAUAAGCGGGGCACAGGUGAACCCUGCUCUGACUCUGGCUCUGUUGGCCACUCGGAAGCUGGAAGUUCUCAGGGCCGUCGUUUAUAUGGCUGCUCAGUGUUUGGGGGCCUGUUUAGGAGCCGGGGCCCUCUACCUGGCUCUGCCAGUCAAAACCACUGCAGAACACUUCGUCAACAAGAUUCCUAUAGAGCUGAAUGCAGCUCAGGCUCUGGGCAUCGAGGUUUUGUGCACCUUCCAGAUGGUCUUCACGGUUUUCUCAGUGGAGGAUCAGCGACGGAGGGAAAGCCCAGAACCAGGAAACCUGGCCAUUGGAUUAGCACACACUGCUGGAGUGCUAAUAGGGGCGCGGUUCUCCGGUGCUAGUAUGAACCCUGCACGUUCUCUGGGUCCAGCCAUCAUCACAGGCUUCUGGGAAAACCACUGGAUUUAUUGGAUCGGACCAGUGAUCGGUGCUAUACUUGCUGGAGUGUCCCAUGAGUUCUUUUUUGCACGCAGCGCCUCUCGCCAGAAGCUGGUGGCAUGUCUGACCUGUAGGGACAUCGAGAUUGUGGAGACGACCAGCAUGACGGGAUCAUCUCUGUCCACAGUCACACAGAACGCUAUGAGAGCCAAGCAGGCCAACAAACCAGAAAACAACUGAGGACUCACACUGAGGAAAAAACACAUAGAAACACACAUACACUCUGCAAUAUUACAGUGAUUCUCAUGAAGAUGCAUGGUGUGCAUUUCAUCAGUCAUGUAUUCUUAAUGAUAAAUGUGGUUGAGUAAAAGAAGUACAAUAUUUCCUUAUGGAACAUGGUGGAGGAGAUGCAGAAGGUAGCAAAAAAAUUAAAAUACUCCAAAUACGUACAAGCACCUGAAAACGUGGGUAAACAUAGUUUGUUACUUCCCACCUCCAGUGACCCGUAACUUAAAGGGACUGUUUGUAAGAAUCAGAAUUGCUUGUUAACAGCGACACCUGUAGCCGUUAAGUCAAUGAAAGUCAGCGUCGGGCUCGCGCU